UUUUAUGAGAGAGUUGAGGCUGUGCAUGGAAUAGAGAGAAAGAGGAAAACAUUUUCUCAAAUUUUUGUUUAUUUCCUUUCUUCUUCUCUUCUCUCUUCCAUAGCUUGUGAAAUCUCUUUGGCUUCCAUUUUAUUUCAAUAUUACCAUUUGAUUUUAUCGUGCCAUUGACAAAGGAAGGUUCUUACCAAAGGAACCAAAGGGCCCUUCUUUUUUUUGUCUAGGUCAGCAAGUUUCAAAGAAGGCUCUUUUUCUUUUCUACUUUUUAUGAUUGCUUGAAGAACUUGUCACGAGUUCUGGAAGGAACAAGGAAAAAGGGAAGAAUGUUGAGGUAUUGGAUGUUGGUGGUUCAAUUGAUUGAGUUGUUUGUGAGUGCUUUGGUGCAUAUGCUCUAUGGCUUCUACAUAUUCAGCUCUGCGGUGGCCGGGGAUCUCUCUCAGGGAUUGAGUGAUUGGUAUUUUAAACCUAACAUGGACCUCGUCAUUAAAGAACUACAACAGCAAGAACCGACAACCACAACAAAUUCUACCAGCACUGGACUAAAAGAUCUCCCUCCAAUUGUAUUGGUCCAUGGAAUUUUUGGAUUCGGCAAAGGGAGAUUAGGAGGCUUAUCAUAUUUUGCAGGGGCCGAAAACAAAGAUGAGAGGGUUCUUGUCCCUGAUUUGGGUUCCCUAACUAGCAUUUAUGAUAGGUCAAGGGAGCUAUUCUAUUAUUUGAAAGGAGGACAAGUUGAUUAUGGUGAUGAACACAGUAAAGCUUGUGGACAUUCUCAAUUUGGAAGGAUGUAUGAACGAGGGAAUUACCCUGAAUGGGAUGAAGAUCACCCCAUUCACUUUGUUGGCCAUUCUGCAGGAGCCCAAGUUGUUAGAGUUUUGCAACAAAUGCUUGCUGACAAGGCCUUCAAGGGCUAUGAGAACACUUCUGAGAGUUGGGUAUUGAGCAUUACAUCCUUAUCCGGAGCAUUUAAUGGAACUACGCGAACAUACUUGGAUGGGAUGUAUCCUGAAGAUGGAAAGAGCUUGAAAUCAAUAUGUUUGCUUCAAAUAUGUCGUCUUGGUGUGAUUGUCUAUGAUUGGCUUGACAUACCUUGGUUGAAGGCUUACUACAAUUUCGGGUUUGAUCACUUCAAUAUGUCUUGGAAGAAAAAAGGCAUUUCAGGUUUGGUGGAUUGCUUAUUAGGUAGUGCAGGUCCAUUUUCCUCAAUGGAUUGGAUACUUCCUGAUCUUACGAUCCAAGGGUCUCUAGCCCUCAACUCCCACCUACAAACAUUCCCCAAUACAUACUAUUUCAGCUACGCAACCAAGCGUACAAGUAAAAUCAUGGGUAUCACUAUGCCUUCCAGCAUCUUUGGCAUCCACCCCAUGCUUUUCAUUAGAGUUCUCCAGAUGAGCCAGUGGCGACAUCCUUCUGAGAUUUCUCCUCCUUACAAAGGAUACAGAGAUGAGGAUUGGCAGGACAAUGAUGGUGCCCUCAACACUAUAUCCAUGACACACCCUCGAUUCCCAAUCGAGCACCCAAGCCAUUUCAUUCAAGAUGAUUCCACUUGUGAAUCCUUACGUCCGGGAAUCUGGUAUUACAAGAUUGUUGAGGGGGAUCACAUAUUGUUCAUUGUCAACAGAGAAAGGGCAGGAGUUCAAUUUGAUUUGAUAUACGAUAAUAUUUUUGAACGAUGUAGAAAACAUGUAUUUAAAAGGAAUCCACAAAUGUUGCCCAAUGAAGCACAACAGUGACUAUAGAAUACCCUUCAAUUUCUUUUGUUCAUUGUUUACCCUCCAAAGUCACCAACAUGUAUAGAGAGGAGAGAGCUAAGUUAGGAAAGAAAGAUCAGAAUAGUAGAAGAGAUAAUGGAGAAAGGAGUUUUAAUUGUUUAUUGCAAAGUUGAUAUACUUUUUUGGCUUUUUUCCCCUCUCCCCAACUUGCUCAGGUGUAUAAAUUAUCCUCUAAAGGGUUUUCAAUCUUCAAUCAAAUAUCUUCUUUUCCAACAUAA